AUGAAAAAAGGUAAUGCAAAUACUAUGUUGCUUGAAAAUACUUUUAAUAUCACUGCUGGAAAUUGUGGUGUUCCAUUAUUUUUAACUUAUAUUAGAAUCAAAUCUAUAUACAAACCUGACUUUGAUUUAUGUAAUCCUAUAGGAAGUAUAUUUGAUUUGAUAAAAAAAUAUUGUAAAAAGAAACCAGAUCCUAUAAAACAAAAUGAUGAA